CAGAGAGUCGGGGGCGGGGUCCGAGAAGCCGACUCGUCUGGCUCUUGUCCAAUCAGAGCCGAGGGGCGUGUCCACAUCUCUGCUCGCUGACUUUCUGCGCUGAACUUCUGGGUUUGUGACUGAAGACUGCAGCGAUGGAGUGUUUCGGCGCUGGACGCUCUCAGUCUCCGGGUUCUUCAGGAUCGUUUGGGGUCCGAGUGCAGGUCCAGGGCAUCUCCGGCCGGCCGUACGUGGUCCUGAACGCUCAGGGCAGACCUGAGUAUCCAGACAUCUUCCUCACGGAGCCUCAGCAGCAGGAGUUUGUGUCCAGCAUGAGCGGCAGUGCCUCCAGCGCUUCGAGCCCUGGGCCCGAUCACCACGGGUCUCUGAGGGCCCUCAGGAGCCCGGCGCUCCAGCACAGCAGCCCUUCUUCACCCGUGACGCUGAAGAGAGCCCGGAUCCCGGGGCCCGGAGUCCAGGAGCUGUCGGUGGAGAGCCUUACCUGCUGGCCGUCUCACAUCAUCUGCAGGCCAUCUGGACUCGGCUCUGAGACACAGGGCCCAGGGUCCCCUCGGAGCCGGGGCCGACCACAGGAGGAGAGGGGCAGGUCGGAUGGGAGUGGGAUCGGAGCGGACAUGUCAAAGGUCACAUCUGCAGGGCAGCAGCAGAGGUCAGAGGUCACAGAGGAGAACGACAGCGGACAGGCCACACCUGAUCUUCUGAAAGGACGGCGAGAGCUUCCGGAUCAUCCUGACGAGGAAACCACUAAACUAGUGAUGGUUAACUACCUGAAAGACGGGUCCUGUGAGGGUGAAGCUGUUAUCAGACAGAGGGUGGAGCUGAUGUUUGACAAGAUCCACAUGUUGAAGUUCAGAGCGCUGGAGAAGUCGGAGUUCGCGGCUCCUCUGGAGGAGGUGAAAGAUCUUAAAGACAGAAGGGCGGCGCUGGAGAGACAUGUCACUCACUUACAGCAGCAGCUGCAGGACGCCCAGCAGAACAACGAGAGUUUGUGUGAUGAGAAAGAGGAGAGGAACGCUGAGCUGAGGAGACUGCAGGAGGAGCUAGAGAGGAGCGAACAGGAGCAGAUCACGCUCCGCCACAAAGUCACCGACAUGGAGAAAGAGCUGCAGACCUCGCUGGAUCAACUCCUGCAGGCCAGAAGGGCUCGUGAUCAGUAUCGAUCUGAUAUGAAGGAUCUGCAGCAGCAGCUGUCUGACAUCCAUGAUGAGUUAGACAGCGCUAAGAGCUGCAAGGCCGGAGAGAGAGACAGACUGCUGCAGGAUCUGUGUGAGCUGCGUGGGGAGUUCGAGGCUCUGCAGCGGGUGCAGGAGGAGCAGGAGGAGGCUCUGCACCAGCGGGACAGGGAGCUGACGGCCCUGCGGGGGGCGCUGGAGGAGGAGAUCUCCGCUCACACCAGAGACGUGGAGGAGCUGCAGGAGGAGCACCGGCAGGAGAUACACAGACUCCGGGAAGCCACUCAGGAGGCCAAAGAGAGUGUGGCUCUGCUGGGUCAGAAGGUUCUGGAGGUGGCGGCGGAGAAAGGAGCCGGUCAGAUGCUGAUCUCAGAGCUGAAGCAGACUAAAGCAGAUCUCCAGCAGAAGGUCGUUGCUCUGGAGGAUCAGAUCUCCUCCCUUAACCAUCUCAUCCAGCAGAAGCAGGAGCAGAAGGAACUCCUCACAGAGCGUGUGGACCAGCUGACGAUGGAGAAACAGAAUCUGGAGGAGGAGCUGCAGGAGGUCAGACAUCAGGAGGAGGACAUGUGUGGAGCCAACCAAGUCCUGAUGAGACACCUGGAGGACACACAGAGUGAGCUGAGCAGGUUGACUAGAGCUCAUCGUGAGCUGAAGGAGCAGUUUGAAGAGGAGCGUCUUCAGAUGGAGGAGCUGAAGAGGAGACGCAGUGAGUUAGAGGAGGAGAGGAGGAGCCAGGACCGAGUGUUAGAGCAGCUUCAGGAGGAGAUGAGCGUGGCGGUGAUGGGGUCAGAGCAGGAGACACAGAGGCUGCAGGAGGAGGUGGACAUGCUCCGAGAUCACAGCCAGAGAGAACUGGACACACUACACACACAGCUACACAACACACACACACAACUACAGACACACACACACGCCUCACAGGAAUACCAGAGAGAGCGGAGUGUGUUGGAGGAGAAACUGAGUCGCUGUGAGUUUGAUCUGAACGAGGCAGAACUGAAAUCUCAGCAGCUACAGAAGAGAAUAAAAGAGUUAGAGGAGAAACAACACACACACAACGAAAGACACAGCAAACUCAUGGAGGUGCGAGUGUGUGAGCUGGAGCGGAGUGUGUUAGAGGAGCGCAGCAGCUCAGACGUUCUCAUGAAGAGACUGGAACGAGGACGAGAGCAGAUAGAGCAGGUGAGAAGUGAGCUGCUGCAGGAACGAGCUGCUCGACACGAGCUCGAAUGUGACAAGAUCUGUCUGGAACGACAGAAUAAGGAUCUGCGCGGCCGUGUGUCUCAGCUGGAGGGAUCUCAGCGAGUCGGUCAGGACGCCAUCAUCUCCAAACUUCAGCUGCACCUGCAGGAGCUGGAAGAGAGGCUGCUGGGAGAGGAGAAAGAGAAGAGUGAGCUGCAGCAGAUGAACCGCAGGCUGGAGCGCCGCAUGAAGGAGCUGACGCUGCAUCUGGAGGAGGAGAAACUUUCCCUGCAGGACCAGAGAGACCAGCUGUCUCUGCGUCUGAAAACCCUGAAGCGUCAGCUGGACGAGGCUGAGGAGGAGAUUGAGAGGCUGGAGAACAGCAGGAAGAAGCUGCAGAGAGACGUGGAGGAACAGCAGGAGAUCAGUGACCAGAUGAAGACCGAGAUCUGCAGCCUGCGCAACCACAUCAGGCGCAACACGAGAGCCAGUAAAGCUCAAACUUCAGCUGAUGAAGAUGACGAUGAAGAUGAGAGUGACGUGACACUAGACGUGAAUUAACUGCUGAACGUGUAACUCUAUAAUGUUCAUUUAGUUCAGCAUCUUCAUUUUACAGCAUUUUUACACAAGUGCCUCAAACUUUUAACAGUUCUGUAUCUUUUUUGAAGCGCCUCAGAGACACAGAUCUUCUGGAUUGAGUCUCAGUUUGUUCUGUUCCUUCAUGACGUUCCAGACAGGCUUAAGACGUUCAGAUCAGACAAAGAUCUCAAUGGAUUAUUACAAUUAAUGGCCAAAUGAGUGUUUGUUAACUUGUAAACUGAUAUUUCCUACUAGCACACUGCAGCAGAAGAGAGAAAUAACUGACUUAAAAAGACACCAGUGUUCUAAUCAUUUUGUCCACAACUAUACACAUAUAAUAUUGUACACACACACACACACACACACACACACACACACGUUUUAUGAGGACUCUCUAUAGGUGUAAUGGUUUUUAUACUGUACAAACCGUAGUUUCUAUUGCCCUAGAUCAACCCUACGUCUAAAUCUAACCCUUGCAAAAAACAUUAUACUAUUUCAGAUUUUUUAUUCACUCCAUUCUGUCAUUUAUAAGCUUGUUUCCUCAUGAAAAAAAUCUCUGGUCCCCAUAACAUGAUAAAAACCAGGUACACACACACUCACACACACAAUCACUUUUUCAGUCAAUCAUUUUUAUUUCUAUAGCGCUUUUAACAACACAGGUUUUUAUCAAAGCACUGAACAGAAUAAAGCAAUAAAGUCU